AUGCACUUCAAACACACCCACGCCGUAACCCUCCUGGCCCUCGCCGCCAGCACCACCGCUGGCGCUGUCCCAGCAAAGGAGUCCUCCGCCAUCGAAACAGCUACCUCCAUCGAAACAGCCAGCGUCUGCACCCACCCCGAGUGCCCCUGGGCCAAGGCCCACGAAAAGACUGCCUCUUCCACGGAGACUCCUGUGCCAGUGACUUCUACGACUCCUAAGCCGGUCACUUCUGCUACUCCUGAGCCGGUCACUUCUGCUACUCCUGAGCCGGUUACUUCUGCUACUUCUGCGAGUACGAGUGCCUCUGCUUCUGAGUCUUGUACUUGGGCUGCUAAGACUUCGGAGUCUGGAGCUGUGCCGAUUCCUGUUGAGACCCCGCCUGCUGGUGACGCUGGCGGCUCCAAGCCGGCCCACGAGAAGCCGGCCCACGAGAAGCCCAGCCAUGAGAAGCCCAGCCAUGAGAAGCCCAGCCAUGAGAAGCCCGCCCACGAGAAGCCCGCCCACGAGAAGCCCGCCCACGAGAAGCCCACUGGCUCCGGCCCCGCCCCCGAAACCACCACCCCCGCCGAGUCUGGCGCUGAGUCGACACCCACUGGAGGUGCCGGCGGUUCUGAAUCAACUCCCGCCGGCGGUGCUGGUGGCGCCGAGUCUACUCCUUCCAACGCUAAGCCGACUGAGUCUGAGGGUACUCCCGCUGAAUCCACCCCUGCUGAGUCGAAGCCAUCCAAGGGCACCAAGCCUUCCGAGUCCACUCCCGCCGAGGGCGAGAACACGAAGCCCAAGCCCAGCGACACUGAAAGCAAGCCCUCAGAGAGCAAGCCCGCUGGGACCAAGCCCGCCGGCAAGCCCACCAAGCCCAUCAGCUUCACCAAAGCCCCCAAGCCCACCGCCAGCGCUCCCCUGAUUCACAGCACAAUCCCCGUCUCCGUUCCUGCCGGUGGCGCUAAUGCUGGUGCUGGUACCGCUUCCGCAUCUGCCUCUGUAUCUGCCUCUGCCUCUGCCUCCGCUUCUGCUACCCCCUCCAAGGGCCACGGCCACGGCCACGGCCACGGUCAUGGUAAGGGUGACAAGGGCGGUAACGAUGAAGGUGAAGAGGGUAACGGCAACGGUGCGUAUCCUACUGCUACUGGAUCUGACUUCAAGUCGCCUGGUAGUAAGGUGAGUGCGUCGGGACUGGGUGUUGUGCUUGGUGGGAUUGUUGGGUUGCUGGGUUUCUUUUACUAG